UAAAGAUUAAAAAUACAUCAAGUUUUCAAGUAUUUGACAAUUUUGCGGGUCACACUCAGAGUAGGAGACUUUCAUACGCCCAAAGUCCACAAAUUUGGUAUGCUACUUUCAACAGAAGAGGCCCACUCAUCAAAAAGUAAUGGCAACAGAAAAGCGCGGCAAAUAUAGCAUGCUUGGAGUGGGAGUGAUUUCUGUACACAAGCCUUCUCAAAGCAUUCCCGGUAAGAUAAGCCUGGAUGAGGAUAACCUAGAUCAUCUCUGCAAAGCAGUGGAGUGCCCGAAAUUGGAUAAUGGGCACUUAGAAGGCUGCACAAGUAGCAAUGAAAAAUCGUCUUCCAGUCCUCAUGUUCAGAAUACAUUGAGGCAAGAGAUACUGCAACUUGAAAAAAGAUUACAGGACCAAGUUGCAGUCCGUGGUGUGCUAGAAAAGACGCUUGGUGGCAUGCCUGUAUCCCAUGAUUCAAAAAAUGAGAUACCAUUGCCUAAGCCGACGACUGAACUGAUAAAAGACAUCUCAGAGUUAGAGCUUGAAGUUAUGCAUUUGGAACAAUAUCUUCUCUCUCUAUACCGGAAAGCAUUUGAUCCACAUCAAAUCCCCACUAUCUCUCCAUCUACUAAGGUUGAAACAGUAAAAUCCCCCGUCACUUCAACGAAUGAAAAUUUUCUUCAAAGAUCUGUAGCUGAUAGUACAUCAGGAAGGAAAGCUUGCAACACUCAAGCUGAUAGGCAGUUCGUUAAUCCGCCUAUCAAUGUAUGUGAAGAAGAGGGACUAGUAGAUCCUGGCGUGCUUCGUUGUCAAUCAUCACUAUCUCAAUAUUCAACUACUUCUCUAGCAGCAGGGCCUUUGGGAAGAGGUGUACAUGCGUGUUAUUCCCAGCCUUCUUCCAUGGUGAAGUACGCACAGAAUAAUGCAAAUUUAAUUAGUCUGGCAGAGUAUCUCGGCACUCCUAUUGCCGAUCACAUGCCCGAGACACCAAAUAAGCUUUCGGAGGACAUGAUCAAAUGUGUUUGUGAUAUAUAUUACAAACUUUCUGACCCGCCUCUUGCUAAUCAUCGGCUAUCAUCACCAACGUCAUCAUUAUCAUCUACAAGUGCAUUUUCACCAAGUGAUCAUUCUGAAAUGUGGAGUCCUGGGCUAAGGAAAUAUCUAUCAUCCGAUGAGAGGUUGGAUAACCCAUUUCAUAUUCAAGGCCCAAAGGAAUUUAGCGGACCUUACAGCACAAUGGUUGAGGUGCAGCAUAUAUGUAGAGAUACAAAAAAAUUGAUUGAUGUUGAGCACCUUCUACAAAAGUACAGGUCACUGAUUUCUCAACUAGUAGAAAUAGACCCCAGGAAAAUGAACCAUGAAGAGAAGCUAUCUUUCUGGAUAAAUGUGCACAAUGCUAUGGUGAUGCAUGCAUACUUGACAUAUGGAAUUCCACAAAACAAUGUUAAAAGACUCCUUCUCCUGCAGAAGGCUGCUUACAACAUUGGGAAUCAGAUAAUAAGUGCAGACCUCAUACAAAGUACUAUUCUGGGAUGCAGGAUGUCUCGGCCUGGACAGUGGCUUCCUCGUUUGUUACUAUCUUCAAGAUCAAAACUCAAAGCAGGAGAUAAACGUCAGGCAUACUCAAUCGAGCAUCAACAGCCCUUACUGCACUUUGCUCUUUGUGCGGGAAGUCAUUCUGAUCCACCGAUUCGUGUUUACACUUCAAAGAGAGUGCUGGAAGAGCUUGAAACUGCGAAGGAAGAGUAUCUUCGAGCUACCAUUGGCAUUAGGAAAGACCAUAAAGUCCUCUUACCGAAGCUUGUGGAAUCUUUUGCUAAGGAUUCAAGUUUAUGUUCAGCUAGUGUAAUGGACAUGAUCCACAAGUCAUUACCAGAGUCUGCGAGGAAGAACCUAAAAAAGUGUCAAACAUCCAAGUCCCGUAAACUCAUUGAAUGGAUUCCUUGCAAUUUUAAUUUUAGGUAUCUUAUUUCAAAGAGCUGGUGAAGUCCUUUUCUGUGCACAGGUACAAUUUUUACAAGUUUAGUGGCAGUGUUAUGUAUGAUUAUAAGGGUUUUGUACAAAAUGCAAUAGAUAUGUAUUAUGUAUCAUAGUUGCAUGAGAAACAUGCUUUCAGAAGGUAUGAUUUUUCAUGAUAGAGCUUUUAUUUCUUGUAUAAUUGUAUUGGUUCAUCAUUCUAUAUUACAAACAACUGUGAGAAAAGACAAUUGAACUUGUUUUUUAUGCAUA